GAGUUUCCCUAGAUACCGAGCGGUGGCCGCCGAGGACCGGGCGCCUACCUGGGGUCUUGGGCAUCGUGGGAGCGACUCUGGUCAGUCCUGACUUCUGUGUAGCCGUGGGGUUAGGGGAAGGUCUCCAGUGUCAACUCGUCAGGAUCGGGUAGACGCACACCCGACGGGCCGUGCAAAGCUCGCGCGCGAUCCAGUGAAACUUAGGAAUCGUGUGAGGCAGUGGCAGAGAUGCUGAGCUUCCUGAGAAGAACACUUGGCCGCCGGUCUAUGCGAAAACAUGCUGAAAAGGAGCGACUCCGAGAGGCACAGCGUGCUGCCACACACAUUCCUGCAGCUGGAGAUGCCAAGUCCAUCAUCACAUGCAGGGUGUCCCUUCUGGAUGGUACAGAUGUUAGUGUGGACUUGCCGAAAAAAGCCAAAGGACAAGAACUGUUUGAUCAAAUUAUGUAUCACCUGGACUUGAUUGAAAGUGACUAUUUUGGUCUGAGAUUUAUGGAUUCAGCCCAAGUAGCUCAUUGGUUGGAUGGUACAAAAAGCAUCAAAAAGCAAGUAAAAAUUGGCUCACCCUAUUGUCUUCAUCUUCGAGUUAAGUUUUAUUCCUCAGAACCAAACAAUCUUCGUGAGGAGCUAACCCGGUAUUUAUUUGUUCUUCAGUUAAGACAAGAUAUUCUCAGUGGGAAAUUAGAGUGUCCCUUUGAUACAGCAGUUCAGUUGGCAGCUUAUAAUCUGCAAGCUGAACUUGGUGACUAUGAUCUUGCUGAACAUAGUCCUGAACUUGUCUCUGAGUUCAGGUUUGUGCCCAUUCAGACAGAAGAGAUGGAACUGGCUAUUUUUGAGAAAUGGAAGGAAUACAGAGGUCAGACACCAGCACAAGCUGAAACCAAUUACCUGAAUAAAGCCAAAUGGCUAGAAAUGUAUGGAGUUGAUAUGCAUGUGGUCAAGGCUAGAGAUGGGAAUGACUAUAGCUUGGGACUAACUCCAACAGGAGUCCUUGUUUUUGAAGGAGAAACCAAAAUUGGCUUGUUCUUCUGGCCCAAGAUAACCAGAUUGGAUUUUAAGAAGAAUAAAUUAACCCUAGUGGUUGUGGAGGAUGAUGAUCAGGGUAAAGAACAAGAGCAUACCUUUGUCUUUAGACUAGAUCAUCCAAAAGCCUGUAAACACUUAUGGAAAUGUGCAGUGGAGCAUCAUGCCUUCUUCCGUCUCCGAGGACCUGUCCAAAAGAGUUCUCAUCGAUCAGGAUUCAUUCGACUAGGAUCACGAUUUAGAUACAGUGGAAAAACAGAGUAUCAGACCACAAAAACUAACAAAGCCAGAAGAUCGACCUCCUUUGAAAGAAGGCCCAGCAAGCGAUACUCCCGGCGGACCCUACAAAUGAAAGCAAGCACAACAAAACCUGAUGAUCUUGGUGUUCAUUAUGCUUCAGCCCAGAAUAAUGACGCCCAACAGGCUUGGGGUGUGAGGUCUCCUGUGCCUAUGAAUCCUUCCUCAUCCUCUGGUCCGGUGCUGGUGGAGAUAGAGAAUCUUUCACAGAAUUCUGCAGCAGACCAACAUGACAGGAAAUGCUUGCCUCUGAAUGUCGAUUUGCUAAAUAGCCCAGACUUACUAGAAACAACCAUUGGUGAUGUAACAAGGACAUCAGAUACUUGGGAAACUUCUCCAGCUCCAGAUGACAUUAAUGUAAUUACCAGGUCAAAUGAAUUAGAGGAGCCUAAAGUUGAAUGUGAGAUAUUAAAAGAUGACACAGAGAAGCUCAAACAACUGGAAAUGGAGCAGAACAUCUUGCCGUCUCCUAGACCUCCUGUUGUUGACAUUAAUGUCAAUAGCCAGGAAGAAGUGGUAAAGUUGACUGAGAAAUGUCUUAAUAAUGCCAUUGAGAGCCCAGGAUUGAAUGCAGUAAGGGUUCCUCCUGACUUCAAAAGCAAUAUUCUGAAGGCUCAAGUAGAAGCAGUGCAUAAGGCUGCAAGAGAAGAUAGUUUAACUCAUAAAAAUGCCAGUGUUCAGGAAGCUGCCACAAACAGUACUGUAUCAAAUGAAAACAAUGUGCCCCUCUGCAAAGAUUCUCUCACUCUGGUGCAUGCCACAGCUGCAGACAGUGAAUCUGUACUAAAGGAUGCUACAGAUGAAUUGGAUGCCUUACUUCUUUCUCUAACUGAGAAUUUGAUGGACCACACAGUCACACCCCAGGUAUCUUCAUCAUCCAUGAUCACACCCCGGUGGAUUAUUCCACAGAGUGCUGCCAUCUCCAGCAGGCUUGCAGGAUGUGGAAAGUCUGUGGCAGGGGCAGAAGGAUGUGCUACUAAAGAUGCAUACUCACUCAUUUCCCCUCCAGCCCCGUUCUUGGUAGAUGCUGUGACCAGCUCUGCUCCUCUGGCUGAAGACCCAGCCUUGAAGCAGAAGUGCUUGCUGACUACUGAGCUCUGAGGGCUGCUGCUCCCCAGUGUAUCUGGAAUGCCCCACACUGUCCCGUCAACCCUGGAUCCAGCUGAGUCCUUUACAUGAGAAAACCUACCUGGAUUUUACUUCAGAUCCCUGAAGAAAAAGUAGCUGCAUUUUCCGUCCAACUGCAAGUCUAUCCCACAUAACUGAAGAUAUCUUUACGUAGUCAGUUCCUCAAUCAGUGAAAUUCACUAGCUUCCUUCAAGCUCUUGUCUCCAUCUAGCGGUUGCAACUGUUUAUAACAACUUAUGGCAAGGCUUGCUGUCAACAGCCUUUUCGAUGCCUUUUCCCUGUUAUGUCAGGGUGAGCACACCUAACCUGAGAGCCUGCUGGAAAAAUGAAUGGCAUUUUUGUGUGCAUUACCCCGGAAGUCAGAAUUCAGGAAACAGGUGAAAGCACUGUGUGGGUAGAUCUCAGGCCAGAUCUCACAGUGACUAGGGCUCUCAGGGAAGCUGAGAGCAUACAGGUUGUAUGUCACCCACACUUUGAAUCCUGAGCAGCAAUGAUCUUACUGCUCUGAAUUUGCUUCAGAGGUAGAUGUUAGGAGCUACAGAGAGGUCAUUACCAGGCGUGUGUGAGCUCCCCAGACCCCCUUUCCUGGAGAAAGCAUCGCAUCACUCACUGUCUAUAACUUUGCAUGGGGGUGGGGGGACAACAGGUGUCUGGUCAGAGACCUGAGUCCUCAGCCUGAGGCCUGUGCUCUCCUUCCUGAUCCAGUGAGGAAUGCAUCCCUAAUAGGCAUACCAGUUGUGAAUGUCAGCGCUGCAGUGCUCCAGGCAGGGACCUGUGUACGCACAGCCUCCGGUUCUUUCCAUAUACACUGCGUGAGUUGGUGACUUUCAAGAUGAAAAGGAAAGAAAAACACCUGGCAGAAAUGAGGGAAUGGUGGUGAGAGAGAUUGGUUCUUGAAUGAAUCCCCUAGGAAGCUAUGCACAGUAUAGUGAAUAACGUCUGUUUACAUUAGGGUUUUUUAAUUCGUUUUUAAAGUUCUCUAGAAUUCCCCAUUCUUUGUACCAAAAGACGUUCUGUUGUAAAGCAGUACAUGCUCAUCGUAGAAAAGUGUAUGGAUAUGUGCCUAUAAUCCCAGCACAGAGAAAUGACACUAAAGUAACUUUGUGUGGGCAGAAAGAUCAGGACCUCAGUUGCCAUGGGGAUGGAAAUGGCAUGCAAACACUGGUAAAACCAUUAGUGUUGCCUUGUUACCAAGCACUAAUGUUAAGCUGUAUCUCCCAGAGUUUGUUCAGCUUUCUGCCUGUCAUGUGUAUGGUUGAGAGCUCAUUCUUCUCAGCUAAAGGGCAUCCAGCUCUGUAGUCAUUCAAAUGUGUGGUUUGUACUACCCUGACUUCCCUGUGGCAUAGUAUGUGCUCAGGCAAAUGCUAGUGUCUGACUGGGAAGCUUGGGGGUUCAGGCUUACAGUUUCCAGGGAAGCUGGACAGUUUAGGAACCACUUUUGUUAAAGGAGACAGAAUUGCCCUUCUUGCUGGCUGGCUCCCCCUUAGCCAGUAGGCAGCUCAUGCAUUUCAUUAGCAGUGUUUUUGCCAGUCCUCAGUGGUAAGACAUAUCUUACAGUAUGACACCUAGAAUAGAACCCUGGGCUUGAUCCAGAACAUACUGGACUGGGUAUCAGAUUUCCAAUGUCUUUAAGUCCUGGACAGCCUACCAAUUAGCUGUGCUGCUAACCACACAACAGUUAAGGCAUGGUGGCUUAGAAGUCCUAAAUGUCCCAUCCUGUUUAGGAUCAAGUACUAUUGCUUCAAGAUUAAGUAGCUAAAAGUACCCCCAUAACAUUUGUGUUUCCAGAUACCUAAAUUCUUGCAGUCAGAAUAUUGCUAGGACUUUGUUAGGAUUCACUUGAAUCUCCAUUAAAAGAAAUCCUGUGUCCUCGUGUCAAGUAGUUAGUUUAGAACUUAGAGUGAUGAAUUUGCCCUGACAGGUUAGACACACGUGUCAGAAACCUGUAGAAGUGGUAGGUCGGGGCAGUAUGUGAGUGAUGCAGUCAGAGUGAUGAUGACAGAGUGAGGCUGGAGGUGGUGACAACUGGGUAAGAAGGCAACUUUCAGUGUGAGGCUGAGUUAGGAAAGGGGCAGCUGCUGACACUGUGCAUUUAUGUCACAUUGGAGAUAGUGCCCAGAAACUGCCUGCUGUGUGCCCAGGGGAGCUAUCGACAAAGUUUGUGUUGUCUCUCUGGCUGGGAGGGGACUUGGAAUAGCAGUUCCCAGUAAGACAUGAAGGUCACAGUUAGCAAUCUUAGACUCCCCCUCAGCACUGGGAAAGGAGUCUGUACCUAUAAAUGAUGUGGAGAUGUCAGCCUGUGGGUAGCAAGUCCUCUCCACACAGGCAGGACUCCAGUUGUCUUUCCUGGUCCUCAGGAGGCUGCUGAACAGAACUACGAGCAGGCUUCUUAGCAUCCUACAUUGCUUUGAGAAAACUUCUUGUGAAAAACACUUUUUACAGGUCCUGCUGACUGUCAGUAGACACUUGCUUUGCACAGGCUCUGGUGCCCUGGGUGUAUCUGGAGAUGAGAUCUCUGAGCUCUUUCAGGAUCUACCGCUUGGUCUUCUUCCCAAUUCUGGCUAAAACUUGGACCUCUGUUCUCUUAACUGAGCCCAGUUAAGUGAGUCCUGCUGUCACUUGCUAGAUUGUGUACUAGUCAUUCAACUGGUGAAGAACUUUGAGGUUUUUUGUUUGUUUUGUGAUUUCAUUUUUUCAGUGAUAGAUCUGUGUAACAGCUCUGGCUGGCCUAGAACACCCUCUGUAGACUAGCCUGACCUCAAAUUCAGAGAUCCACCUCCCAAGUGCUGAGGGCAUGCACCAGCACCACCCAGCAACUUGCCUGUUUUCUAAAUAUGAGUCUUAAACAAAAUUCUUGUCUUCUCAUUUAGCAAGUACCAUAUAUUCGUUUGUUGUUUUACUUUGUUGUUUUGAGACAGGGUCUCACUAUGUAACCCAGGAUGGUCUUGAAUCAUAUCAGUUCUCCUGCCUUAGCUUUCCAAGCACAGGGAUUUCAGUUGUGAAUCACCAAGCCUAGCAUAUAUUUGUACUGACAAGUUUUGUUUGGUUGGUUUUGGGUUUGAGUUGCUAAGGAUCAAAACAUGGACCUUGGGUUGAAAAUGGUGAUGCACACCUGUAUAAUCCCAGCACUUGGCAGGCAGAGGCAGGUGCAUCUCAGUGAGUUGUAGGCAAGCCAGGGCUACAUAGUGAGACCCUGUCUCACUCUGCCACCAAGCUAUCUCCAGAUACAGUAGGUUUGUUCUACAGAGAGCCAGAGAUAGCAAAUAGUUCACCACUCAGUGCUGCUGGUACUGCAUGGCAUCAUCAGGGGGCAGUACCCAGGAGCAUAGCUGUGUUCACUAAAGCUUAUUUACAAUGAAGCACUAAGCUAGUGGUUCUCAGCCUGUGGGUCACCACCCCCUUUGGAGCCACAUAGCAGAUAUUUACAUUAUGAUUCAUAACAGUAGCAAACUUACAGUUAUGAAGUAGCAACAAAAUAAUUUUAUAGUUGGGGGGUCACCACAACCAGAGGAAUUGUAUUAAAGGCAUCAUGUGGAAUUAGGAAGGCUGAGAACCACUGCAAGUGCUGGUCUCAGCUCUGAGAGCAGUGAAGUGCUGCCUGGAGUUCAGCAUUCCGGGACAUUGUGUCCUUGUCCAUGAAACUGCAAGGCAAGAUUGUGAGCCACAGCUGUGAGAGUCUUGGUGCCAUCCUAUUAUUUAAUCCAUCUCUUGACCAUGGAGUUGGUUGGACUCUUGGAUACAUCUGUGAAAUAAAGAAUGUGUGUUUAUAGAUCAUUUGUGCUUUUUUUCUGGAAAAAACUAAACCUGGGUUUAUGGAUGGCCAGGAUGAACUGGAACCAUUCUGGUGUCGCCAGGAUGGGGGAACUUGUCCUGCGCUGAGCUCUGCUGUGGUUCACAAGUUGUUGUGGAGUCUUGCUGCUGGUAGGGCUGCAGUUCUCCCUCUUAUUACAUUGUUGGAGUGAUAUCCACUAAUUCUCAGGAUUUCUUAUCAGAAGAGUGUGUGUGUGUGUGUGUGUGUGUGUGUGUGUGUGUGUCUUUCCAUGGAAUCCUUUACUCUUCAUUUUUACAUCUGGAUACAAUAGAUGUUAUGAGGACUCACCAACUAUUUUGUGUUUACUUUUUCUACAUGUUAAACUCUGCAGUAGCUUUGAGACUGUAAUUUAUUUUUGUAUCAAGUGCACUAUAUUCAGCAACUUCUCAUUGUAUAUGUUUGUAUUAGAAGCACUACACUGAACCGUGAGGUGUCUGUACACUGAACAAGAAUCUAGACAUGACCCAUUCAAAUAAAACGUCUAUGAGAAUGUC